AGGACAGGAUGAGCCUCUGCGAGCUGUACCGCCUGCUCGAGGUGGUCGGCUGCCCGCUCAAGAGGUUCAAGUCUGCGAUGGGCGUCGCGGACGGCGACGAGGCGGCCAAGGACGGCAGGCCGAGGAUCGGCGGCUACCACGUCCGCCGCCAGAUCGGCUUCGGUCGGCCUGGCGGUCAGCUGGGAGCCGAGGCCACGGCAUCAAGGGCGUCGUGUGCUACGAGGGCGAGCGCAUCACGGACGGCGCCCGGGUGGCCAUCAAGUGGCCCGCGCGCAAAGCCGAGGUGACCACCCUGCAGGAGAUACACCGGAAGGCUCCGAAGGACUCGCCGGGGCUCCCACGCCUGCUAUCCUCUGGCGUGCACGAGCAGGAGCCCUACCUGGUGUCCGAGCUGCUCGGGUCGUCGCUCACGAGGGUGUUCCAGCGCCUGGAGGCGGGCAC